GAAUGGGAUUGACGGGCUUUGGAGUUUUUUUUCUUUUCUUUGGAAUGAUCCUCUUCUUUGACAAAGCACUGUUGGCUAUUGGAAAUGUUUUAUUUGUGGCUGGCUUGGCUUUUGUUAUCGGUUUAGAAAGAACAUUUAGAUUCUUCUUCCAAAAACACAAAAUGAAAGCAACGGGCUUUUUCCUGGGUGGUGUGCUCAUAGUUCUCAUUGGUUGGCCUUUGAUAGGAAUGAUCCUUGAAAUUUAUGGGUUCUUCCUAUUAUUCAGGGGGUUCUUUCCUGUGGUGGUUGGCUUUAUUAGAAGAGUUCCAGUCCUCGGCUAUCUCUUAAAUUUGCCUGGUAUAAGCUCGCUUGUAGACAAAGUUGGAGAAAGCAACAACAUGGUAUAAUGACAAGAGGGCAGAAGACUGAUUCUAAACUUAUUGUAUUAUUUAUAAAAAUCGUUUUGAGGAAUACUCGACACAGAUUGUUGUGUACAAAGGAAAAACUUGUAACAUUCUUUACAUAACAGUUUAAAAUGUAUAGUUGACAAUAUACAUUAGAAAAGAAGCUCAGCAAGUGUGCUUCUAGGAAAAGUAACUCCACAGUUCAGGAAAUAAACUGAAGAGAUGAAAGUCGUGGAAUAACCCAUGUUACAACUGUUCAAGACUAUUUUGUUGUUUUUUGGAGAAUGUGCUACAUGCAAGGAGCCCUUGUGGAAUUAAUGGUGCCUGUAGUUUUCCUCCUUAUUUUGAAGGUGCAGUAGAACAAACAGGCCUGUCCUUUUUAAGGGUGACCCCAACUUAUCCAACUCUCUGCUCGCUAACCUCAGAUUGCAAAAUACAAAAAAAAAAAAAAAAAACUUCUUGUGUAACAAGAGAUGCGUAUUUGCAUGAAAGUUAAGGUGACUGUUCAUCUUUAAUCAUAUUAUGACAAAAAAAGAAAUCCCACAUGGUUCUGUUGCAAACCUUUUUUGUAAAUAUGAGGCUGAAAUAAAACAUUGUUAUCUUAAUGUUUCAAAGCCAAAUGUAAGUUGAUUGUAUUUGCUUUCCAUUCUGGAAUCUGCAUA